UGGACAACAUGGAAAAGUUGGACCUCAGUUAUAACCAGCUGGUGUCUGUUGGCCCUGGUGUGUUCAGGGGCCUCUCUAGGCUGAGACAGCUCUUUCUACACAACAACAGACUGACAGUGGUGGAGCAAGGCAGCCUUGAUAUGCUGCCUGGACUUGAGGUGCUGCAGCUGAGUAACAACAACAUCUCCCAGAUAGACUCUGACGCUCUGGCUCCUCUCUAUAGUCUGGCGAUUCUUAAUCUGGAAGGAAACAACUUGCAUCACCUGAAGUUUAAGACCUUCAUCAGUCUUCAUACAACAGCAACACACAUUCAGCUUUCAGGUUAACUAGAACUUUUCUGAAAGGUUCUUCUCUGACUAUU